GAACCGCCGCUUUAUCCGUUAAAAGUCACAACCUGCCCUCAGAAAUCAGCCACCAGAUUUAAUAUCUAAUAUAUUUUAUUUGAUCACCCGGAGUGCUAAUGGAUGGUGGGCGUGAUGGGCAGAGAAAGCGGAUGAUACGCAGAAGCAGGGAAGAGCGAGCAGGAGAGAGAGAGGGAUGGAGGAAGAUGAGCGAAGGGAGGAGGAGGAGGAGGCACUCAGCAGGGAUCAGCGACGGCAGCAGGACAAUGGCUCGUCUCUGUUAGGGAUCCUAACGGUCUCCGGGCCGCUCCAACACACCGGAACACAAGCUGAUCUCUGUUUGCUCCAGGUGCUGAAGGUCACACAGCUUCAAGAUGCAGUUGCCUCUCCCCCCACAUCCCUGCUGACCGUCUGGCAGCUUUUGACUCUCCAACAUGAUGAAGAACGAGCCCCCGCCAGCCCCGGGAGGGAACGGGGCCUCUGGUGGGAACAGCGGGAGCUCUAAUCUGCGGAGUCCCCCACGCCAGAAAAACGCUUACGAGGCGGGGCUGGCGGCGUUGAAGAAGGCCACUGACCACCUCAACAAUGCUGCUAACAGAGGUGUUGAUGUUGCCUCGAAACCUGCUCUCCUGCCCCGCCCAACCGGGAGAGGCAGGAGGUACGGCUCUAACGUCCACCGCAUCAAGAACAUGUUCAUGCAGAUGCAGUCUCCAGGUGAUGAGGAGGAUGGAGCCAAAAUGAUCGGAAAAGAGGAGGAGCUGAAGCUGUCCCUUCCGAGGGCAUCUAGUCUCAACGAGAACGUCAACCACAGCGCCCUGCUCAAACUGGGAGCCACGGUCUCGGAGCGGGUGAACCGGUUUGACUCUAAACCAGCAGGAGCCGACGGAGCCUCUUCUAUCGGACUGUCCAAGCUCCAGGAGACCAGGAGGAUCUUUGAGCAGCAAACCCUACAGGAGAAGCAAGCUGCAACGAACCGUAUCUUGUUAAAGAAGGAGCGUGCGUCAGGGUUCCAGGGCAGCCGUCUGGAUGUCGUGGCUCGUUUUAACGGAUCUACAGAAGCUCUGGACCGGCUGGACGACCCUCCUUCUCCCACCACGGUUCCCUCCACUGCUGCUCCGGUCGCCCCCGGUGACGCCGUCAGCCCUACCGUUAGCCAGCUGAGUGCUGCGUUUGAAAAGGGCGACCUACAGAAUAACAUCCAUGCUCCCCGCUGUCGGUCUGCACCGGCCUUGGCACCCAAGCCCAAGAUGGCCUCCAGAGCUGAUACGGCCAACAAGAAGGCGCCACCUUCAGGUAAGGAGGUGAAGGAGGACAAAGCUGCCAGAGUUACGGACACCCAGGCAGCAGAUCUACCAGAGGGUUCUACACCGAGGAGCCCAGAGGGACCACCUCCUGGUGGGAUUGGACAGUGUUCCUCAGCGACUGUCGCUUCCUCUUCAUCCGAGGAUAAAUCUGAAUCCAGGGUCCAGUCUGUAACUGCAGGUGCUGGUCCUGAGCUGGACCAGGACCACUCACCUGGGACUGAGACGGGAGGGAGGUUAGUGGAGGCCCAGGUUCAUGCUCCUUUUGAAAAAGGAGAAAAAGAAGCGUCAUCCUUCCCUCCAUCAUCAGACGUGACAGCAGCAGACUCUGAAUGGAGGGACGAGGAGGAGGAGGAUGGCUCGAGAAAGGAGGACUAUUCAGAAGGAGAUCUGGUCGAAGUCAGUGCGUACAGCGGGCUUGGGGAGGAGGACUCUGGGGGAAGCCAGCUGGAUGACGAGGAGGAGGAUGAAGAAGAUGAAGAGGCGUAUCAACCAGAGAGCAGUUGCUCUGAAAUUCCUGGACUUCCUGAGGAGGAGGAGCCUGCACCGGCCAGUAGGAAGAUCCGAUUCAGCACAGAGCCCAUCAAGGUCUUCACCACCUACUCUAACAAAGACUACGACCGGCGCAACGAUGACGUGGACCCCAUGGCCGCCUCGGCCGAGUACGAGCUGGAGAAGCGGGUGGAGAAGCUGGAGCUGUUUCCUGUAGAGCUGGAGAAAGGCAGUGACGGCCUGGGGAUCAGCAUCAUCGGCAUGGGAGCCGGAGCCGACAUGGGCCUGGAGAAGCUGGGGAUCUUCGUUAAAACCGUCACCGAGGGCGGAGCUGCUCAGAGAGACGGCAGGAUCCAGGUAAAUGAUCUGAUCGUGGAGGUUGAUGGGGCCAGUCUGGUGGGUGUCACCCAGAGCUUUGCUGCAUCUGUUCUCCGCAACACAUCAGGCCAAGUCAAAUUUGUGAUUGGUCGGGAAAAGCCUGGAGAGCAGAGCGAAGUGGCUCAGCUGAUCCAGCAGACUCUGGAGCAGGAGAGAUGGCAGAGAGAGAUGAUGGAGCAGAGUUACAAACAGUACAUGGAUGACGAUGAGGAGACGGGUGAAUACGCGACAGACGAGGACGAGGAGAUGAGUCCGGUGUUUCCAAACGCUAUCGAGGUGUUCGACCUGGCAGAGAGCCAGGACAUGUCUCCUGUGGAGCUGGACCCCGAGAAGCUGGCCCACAAAUUCAAGGAGCUCCAGAUCAAACACGCCGUGACCCAGGCUGAGAUCCAGCUGCUGAAGAGGAAGCUGGCUCAUGCGGAGCAGGAUAAGCUGCGUUGGCGGAUGGAGCGUGCGCAGUUGGAGCAGAGCAUCAGAGACAGCAAAGAGAGGAUGGAGAAGCUGGAGGGCUACUGGAUGGAGGCACAGUCCCUGUGUAAGGCGGUGGACGAACACCUGAAGGAGACGCAGGCCCAGUACCAGACUCUGGAGAGGAAGUACAGCAAAGCCAAGAGGAUGAUUAAAGAAUACCAGCAGAAGGAAAUCGAGUUCCUGAAGAAGGAGACGGCUCACCGUCGCACGCAGGAGGAGAAGACGGCGACGCACAAGGAGGAGACGGGCAACCUGCAGGAUAAGAUUACCGACCUGGAGUUCAAAGUGGAUGCCUUGAAGAGCCCCUCCCCUUCAUAGACCGCUGCUACGUCCUACCUCCCGUCUGAAACUGGAACAGGAGCUGCUCCGCCUCCUCCAAGCUCAUCAUCUCCUCAUGCAACCAUCACUGCACACCCAGGUAGCUGAGCGAGACGAUGGAAGAAGAUUUUUGGUCUUUCAGGGGAAACAAGAAAGAAGCUACUUCUCAUCUGUUGUUGUCCACUGGUAGAACAGUCCCUGAAUGCACCACCUGGAACAUCCCAAAUCCUACCUGUGUGUCUUCCUGUCAACCAGCUUGGCAAUCAACCAGACCCCGCCCCCAACCCACCCACCCACACACACACACCACAGACAGUCUCUUAUCAGGUUCUCUUCACGAUUAAGACUUGAAGCACUUUUAAAACCCACACAAAGUGCUUUACAGAGCGACGUGAGCGUGACCGAGGAUCCAAAAGGACGCAUGAUUGUUGCAUUAGACCUUUUGUUUCCUCCUUCCUGGAAGUCGGGGCGAGACGUUUGACUCAACAGCUACAGGGAUGAGCGUCGCGCUCGUGUGGCUAACAAACCUACAGAGGACAGAACAAGGCCAACUAACAACCGAAGUGACAGAUUCAUCACCAAAGCUGUGAAAGCGGCUGAAGAUCUGGACGAAUGCCGUGGAGGUGUUAUGUUUGAGGUCUGAACUGGGAGGUGGUCCCGUUUGUACAUACUGUCUUUAGUUUAUUUAAAAGCUUUUGAACAGCUGGCUGGGCGUGGUGCUGAAGAUCGCUCCAGCUGUUGCUCUUUUCUAUCCGACAUCAGUGGCAAACAGGGUGUGACCUGUGGGUUUACAUGCACACCGACCUCCACCUCUUUGUUUAUGUCGUUCACGUUUAUCUAAUGCAGGUUGCAGUCGUGUACAAACGAUGCGUUUAUGUUCUCAACUGAGAACAAUAAAUAAUUUCCUUCAUUUAGAGAUCCGUCGUUUUAAAAUGUUUGGCUCCCCAUCAUGAUGUGGACGAGAGACAACCACAUCAUCGACAUAUUGAGUAAAGGGAACGGAAUGUGGGCAAGCACACAAAACGCCCCCUGGUGGCUGGCUGUAGGACAGGUUUUAGGACAUUUACAUUAGUUUUAAUUCUGGUGGUUUUUAACAUUUCGGCUGAACGUUCCGGUGUCACACUUUAUUAGAUGCUCAAAAACACCACACCUGUGUCCAGAUGAGUAGGCGGGACUUUCACUAACCUGUAAUCUGGAUGUUCUGGCUUCACUGCUGAACUGGUAAUGUUGGAUAAGAUAUACAAAAAUCUAAUUACAAUUCUGUGGAUGAAGACGGUUUCUAUUGAAUCUUUAAAAAGUUGUAGGAUCAAAAAUGUGUUUCCUCUAACAUGUUGGUGUUAACUCGUAGCGCACCUGUACCUGCCAACGAAAACAGCCUUAUCACAGGAAUCACUAGGCUAAGCCAGACUAAAUAAAUGUAUUAAACUUAGCAAAGCAAGAAUUUGGUCUAGUUCAUUAGGCUAAGGAAUCACAGGAAUGUGGCAACAACUCAGCCAGAAGUAGCUGAGUCGUACUUUAGAGAGGAUACGUGAAAACGAGGUUAUUUUGGGUGACAGUAUUAUAAAAGUAUUAAAGGAUCAAACAAAAACCAACUUUUUAAAAAGUUCUUAUUUAUUUUUUAUCAGAAUAUUUUGUAACAAGCUGUACUAAAAAGCACUUGAUUGUAUUUUUCAUUUGAAUUAACUGAAAAUGUCCUUAAUAACAUUUAAAUCCCUCGUGAUUAGCCGUUAGCCUGAAGCUAGCUCUGGGACACGCUAGCUAGCAACACAUGCUAAAUUCACAUUUUGACCUGCAACAGUAAAGUCAAAAAUGAGCCUUUAGCAGCUUAUCUUUACAUUUCAGUCAGUGUUAUCCCGUUAGCUAGCAAAACCUUUGAAUGCUUGUAUUUUUCAUUUGAAUUAACUGAAAAUGUCCUUAAUAACGUUUAAAUCCUUUGUGAUUAGCCGUUAGCCUGAAGCUAGCUCUGGGACACGCUAGCUAGCAAAACGGGCUAAAUCCACCUUUUGACCUGCAACAGUAAAGUCAAAAAUGAGCCUUUAGCAGCUUAUCUUUACAUUUCAGUCAGUGUUAUCCCGUUAGCUAGCAAAACCUUUGAAUGCUAACGACAUGGAGAGUUGUGAUCAUGGUUGUGAUACAUGAGCGCUUGUUACAGGGUCAUGUGUUGUUUUUGUUUACUUGUGUGCACGUAAACACAGUAGAGGGUCCCUGGGCCAGUCGUAAACAGCACGAGCUUAAGUUAGCGAUCUUCACCUGAAAUUGAAUCAGAUAGAAAAGUGCUGCCUUAACCGUUAGCUCUGGUCUUUCACCAUUUCGUUGCUUUAGGUGGGAGAUCUCCAGAUUCAUGCAGUAGUUGUGUUUAGGCGUGUUUGAAAUGUGAUCGCCACUCCGCUGUCCCCCGACAGCGUUGAUCUGAUGUAUUUACCUGCUCUGGUGGUGGUGCGAGGGUUUAAAAGGUGCUGUUCAUGUGUUCAUGUGUUCAUCAGGACGGCGCAGCUUGCUGGCGAGCUCAGAAUCAGUCGCAGUUCAAUUGUUUUCUAGCUUCUUUGAAUUCAUUAAUGAGACCGUUUUUCAUGUUGACUUCUGGUUUUAAGAAUUCAAACUUUUUUUUAAAUAUUUUACACCAAAAAUUUAUUUAACAAGUAAUGAAUUAUUUUUACUUUACGAACUUUAUGUUGCACCAAGUGAAACGUAUGAGCUACGGAAGUCGAAACGGGACACGUUUUUUAUUAUUAAGUGAUUUGGGGGUAAAUGACAAACACCAUUAUGAAGAGAUAACUCGUUAUCUUGAGAGCGUGUCGUGAAAAACCAUUUUUAAGCAUGUCUCUGAUUCUUUCGCUGCAUUUUGUCUGACGUUACUCCAAACUGAGCUAUGAUCUGAUCUCACGUUGAGGACUUUCUGCAUUUAGAUAUUUUAAAUGGUUUUUGGAGCAAAGGAACCAGCUGGGGAAAUGACAUUCACUGUUUGAUUAAAUCUUUUUGUCUGUACAGGGCAGACUGCACACCACAGUGGUUUAAAUACUGGUUUUACCGGACGGGAUCAGACGUGUUACUGUUUGUUUUUCUAACAGAGCGAUAAACAGCCAUAAGCAACUCUCCUGAGUACUUUAAUUCCUUGAGUAUUUUUCUUACAGUGUCAUCUCUAUUUUGAAAUAAUGUGAGCUGCACAAAAGCCGUGGUAUCACCAGAUCCGACCGUCAUCACCAAGGGUCUGAACCCUGGGUUUGCCUUUUUAAUGACAUACUAGCUAAAACAUGCUGCUUUUGCCUCCACGAAGCCUUCACGUGAUGUAACUAGCGCUGUUUUAUCGUCUGACCUUUGCUCAUGUCUGCAUUAAUAAAGUCAAAUAAAGGAGGAUGCUGUUGCCUG